CGCAGUAGUUGAAGUUGUAGACAGAUGACUAGAGGAACAGGAGUUAUAGCAAAACGACCAUGUAUCUGGCUAUUUAUGAUUAUGAAACUCAAAAUAUUGGAGACAUCGCAUUAACGAAAGGGGAUCAAAUAGACAGGGUUAAGGAUGUCGGGUGUGGGUGGAUGAUCGGUCACAAUAUUACAACUAAUAUGACGGGACAUUUUCCAGCUGCUUAUGUUCAACUGUCUUCUGAGUGGAAAAGGAGAUUGACCUCGAUUACUUCUAGAAAAAAGAAUUCUCCGAAAAACGACACCACUGCCCAAAUGCCCAAGAGGACAAUUCCAGUUCCCGUGAACGAAAAACAUAACAUGGAACCAAUAAAAGACCAUAUUAUGUUAAAAUCAUCAGAGAAGGAUAAUCUGAAAAGAAGAUCAGACACCAAGUUAGUUAAAGACAAGCUUCAUCCUUUGGAAAGAUUUCGGAAAAAAAUCACACCACAAGACAAAAUUAAACGUCGCCGACUGAAUGUGGCUUUAGGAUUUGGUACCGGAUUACUUUUAGGAACAGUCCUCUUCUUUGCAUUGUUUUACAGUUUCCAUUACACUUUGCUGGUAUCUGGAAUCAUAACUGGAGUAUCUACUUUUCUUCUUUGCGUUGGGUUGGCCUUUUCAAGUCGGUGUCGGUGUAUCAUUUUAUUGGUAUUGCCAAGUCUCGCUACUGGAAAGGGUCGAGCUGCAUUCUUGUCCCUUAUAACUGGGUUUCUCCUCAUGGGACCAGUGAUGAACAUUACACGGAAUGCCAAUGAAGUUGCUGCUAGUAUGGCAUGUAUUACAGAACUAGCCUACAACCAGAGUCAAGUACUACAAGAUGCACUCAAGAAACCAUUAGAAGAAGUUGAGGAGCAGGUAAAAGAGGGCGUUGAAGUCGUAAAAGCAUAUGCUUCUGAGAUAACACGGGAACUUGACAAAGCAAGAAAUGCAUUAAUGUCUGCUGAAAAUACCGUGACAGAUGUGGUAAAUGGUUUUAAAAACAAAUGUGUUUCGAGUGUCAAUUCCGGAUUAAACGAGUGCAUGAGAGGUUCUAAAAAACUUAAACAAGAUUGCCACCGUUCUCUUGAUCCCUUCAAAAUGGCAACGAAAGAUGUUAAAAAUCUUGUCAAUACAGUAACGGACUUUUUCCGUGGACGUCGUCGAAGAGAUGCGUUUUCUACAAAUGGUUAUCUUGACCUUAACAGAACAAAGCGUCAGUCGGGUGGUAUUGGACGAAUAUGUGAUAUAUUUUUCGUUGGUGAUCAGAUUUGUGGCGCGUUUAAAACUAUCAAUGUAUGUUCAAUCGUAUCAUUUCCAAAAGAUAUAAUUAGUGGCGCAUUUCGAAUUUUUAACGAUGCAUUUAAGUUUUAUGCCGAGUUGCUCGACGUAGAUUUUAUUAGUUCUGGGCAGAUUGACAGUGGGGCAAAUGCUUCACAAUCAGCCGCCCAAAUAAUCAGUAAUAUCCGAUCUGAGUUAAAAUCUAAAAUAGAUAAGGCCACAUACUACAUCAAUAUUCUAAAUAGAGUGGUAUCAUUAUCCGUAAUUCUGCUUAUUAUAAACGCCUUUCUGUAUGAAAGGCAGUACCUAUCCAAAAUAUCAUUUGAUAAUUUCUAUAUUACAUCUUAUUUUAAAAUUAUUGAUCGGCAACGAAAGGACAAUGGUAAAAUAUCCAUAUUGCCCCUAAAAAAGAAAGAAAGAAAAAUUUACACUGAAUCGCGAUCCUUUAAGAUGUCUUCAAUUGAAUUAACCAGAUGCAAAACGGGGUUAGCCCAGGUCCUUCUGCAUGCUGUGAUGUGUGUUAUGUUGGUGCUCUUUGAUUAUUUGCUUUAUUAUAUACUAGAUCUUCUCAAUCGUCAUGGCGAUGUUCAGUUCGUCUUUACUGGGCAGUCCAAACUCAACAUUCAGAUCACUGGAAAAGGACCGAUUGCUUUGCUAUUUAAGACUCUCACGGGCGAUAUUCGAGUAUCUCAGACGUACAAUUCGGUCGUUGAUAUAAAUACCUGCCUACCCAAACCCAAGGAUCCGAAUUUCUCUUUUCUCUACGUUUUUGGGGGACUUUACAUGGCCGCCCUGUUGCUUGUUUUCCUUCAAGGUUAUGGUAAACGAUUAAUGUAUUUUAUCGCGGCCUUUUUCUAUCCCGAGAAAGAACAACAGAGGGUUAACUACCUCUACCGAAGAAUUUUAGUUAAGAGGAAAGUCUUCCUUAAAGAAGCAAAACAGAUGAUUCUCUCUAACGCAGUUGGUAGCAAUUUUGAUGAUGGACAUAAUUUAUGCGGAGGGCUUGCUUCUCGAUUUCCAUUUUGUAGAAAAUCGAACAAAACCUGUACUAACUGUGAAGUGUCAAGUGAAGAUAUCAGUGCUUGUAGAAAUGAGAAAUGUGGCGCAUUUUAUUGUGAGGAAUGUUUUGUAGAAUUUGGCAGGAGUUGUCCUUUAUGUACAAAUGAUGAAGACGAUGAAGAUGUAUAUGAAGUACUUGGCCUACGUGAGAAAACAACUAGGGCGGUGAAAUCACCGGAUUUACCAUGAAGUAGGGGUAUCCUGUAUUGUAAACGAUUUUGAUUAUUUGGCGCUAGGAGUAAUAGGAUACGCCUACUUUAUGAGGUUCACUCACACCUGUCAGACCAUAAGAUAACUAAUUCUGAUAAUUUCAAAUGAAAAACAUUUUUAAAGGAAAAAAAACGAACCAUCAAUUCGCCGAUGUAUUAUUAUAUGAAUACUAUUUCAGAGAAACAAACUAAUAUACUAUUGCAUUUGCUUUCGUAAUUAUAGGCCUAAUGCAUUUUAUCUGGUUGAUGUUAAAGAACCACAUUGCCCUUUAGUAUCGAUGUUACACUAUUUAAUCCCAAUUGUAACCAUAAAGUAUGUAAUGUUUAAACUUUUCGAUUGAUAUUUAUGUUGUUAUUGCUCUUGCUUCAUUAAUUUUGUUCAAUUUUUGUUAUUUUCAUGCAAACUGGAUGAAGUGUUUAGCCCAAGUGGAUGAAACUGGUAGUGGUUUUAUCACUAAGAUAUGGUUCCAUAUUUAAGAAUAAAAAUAGUUAGAACUCAUUGACAUUGAAUACCGCUCGGGUUAUUCAAUAGUUCAAGAGCGAAUAUCCCUGCGCAAGUAUUCCACGUUAUUCACCAAUAACGUUAAAAUUCAUCAUAGGUUCCGCCCUUUUUUAUACGCCCACAUUUUUAUGUGGACGUAUAUUAUUGUCGUCGCCCCUAACCCCUAUGAAGGUUGUGGACCCUCCAAAGAUCACAAUUUUCUUCUGAUUUUGAUAAAACUUGAAAUGUAAGUUUAUUACCCAAAGAUCUUGGAUUCUUUCGAUAUUCGCGCGUAUCGGAUCGUAACUUCCUGAAUUAUGGCCCUUGAUUGUACAAAAAAAUCACGUUUUUAGCUUGCGGUCCCUGUAGAGGUCACAAUGUUUAUCCGAUUUUAAAAAAAACCCAAGAAACGUGUGAAUAUAUCAUCAUUACACACGAAGAUCUUGGUUCCUUUUGAUAAUCAUCACACAUAUCCGAACGUACCUUCUUGGAUUAUGGCUCCUGAUUAUUUGAAAAAUUGCAUUUUUAGCUUGCAGAUUUUCUAGAGAUCUCAAUUUGUUUCGCCGAUUUUAAAAACCGUUUGAAUAUAUCACCAUUCCACCAUAAUGAAGGUUGAAUUCGGAUUUCUGGAAAAAUCAAAAUGAAACUGCCCGACAAAAUGGCCGCUCUCUGUAGGCCAUUUGUGUAAAAGUAUGCAAUACGAAGGCUGUGGACCCUCUAGAGGUCACAAUUUUUAUCCGAUUUUGAUGAAACCAAAAACAGAUCUUUAUUAAUAUAUCACAAAGAUCUCAGUCCCUUUUGAUAUUUGCGAAUUUCAUACCAUAACUUUCUGGAUUAUUGCCCCUGAUUGUACAUAAAAUCCUGCUUGACAGCCGUUGUUUCUUUCUUUUUUUAAAAAAAUUGUAGUUUGAUAGUAGUGACGUCAUUACAGUUUGACGUAAUUCUGAAAGUGACGCCAUUCAUU